CUAGUCCACACCCCACCCAUUUCUACUGCUGAUCAAGUUGGUUUGGCGGUUUUUAAGAGGUUUCGUUUCACGAGAAAAGAGGUAUUUACUUGCUCCUAUUUCACAGCUCUUAUCCACUGAGAGAAAGAACAUGGCCCACAUUAUUACUCUUUGUCUGGCAUGCACAGUUCUAGCUGUAAGUUGUGCUGAGGAGGUGGACCAGUCAGACCCACAGGGAGAGAUUUCACUGCUCGACCCUGAGAGGACUGGACAAGAAAGAGGGGACAGGCUUUUUAUAGCUGCCAACUUAAAUGAAACUGAUGGCAGGAAACCUGGAUUGAGGGACUCAUGGUCUCAAUCAAGUUGGGCCUUAUCAUCUAAGCCAAGACCAAGACAGUUAGAAUUAGAGUCAAAAGUGAGACGUAAACAUAAAAGAAAGCCUAAACCAAAACCAAAUCCUAAACCUAGGCCUAAACCAAAUCCUAAACCUAAGCCUAAACCAAAUCCUAAACCCAAACCUAAGCCAAAUCCGAAACCAAAUCCUAAACCUAGGCCUAAACCUAAACCCAAACCUAAACCAAAUCCUAAACCUAGACCUAAGCCAAAUCCGAAACCAAAUCCUAAACCUAGGCCUAAACCUAAACCCAAACCUAAACCAAAUCCUAAACCUAGACCUAAACCAAAUCCUAAACCAAAUCCUAAUCCCAAACCUAAACCAAAUCCUAAACCCAAACCUAAGCCAAAUCCUAAACCAAACCCUAAACCAAAUCCAAAACCUAAGCCAAAACCUAAGCCAAACUGUAAUCCUAAACCUAAACCUGGACUUUGGCCGACAAGAGAUUGCGAUGAAAGCUGUGAAGCAAUUCUGAAGAAGGUUAAAAAAUCAGCUGGUAAAACCAAGGACCAAAUUAAAGCCAAAAUAGAGAAAAUGAAGUGUGAUGAACUGGAGGAAACCAAGUGCUGUAAGAAACUUUUGAACAACUACAAAAACCAAAUGAUUGAUGCCCUCCUCGCUUGCGAUGACCCAAAGGCAGCAUGUCAAAUGCUGAUGUUGUAAAAGCCAGUGCUACUCUGACCAUAUUAUGACAAACAUUGUAAAGAGGUCACAACUUGUACAAUUUGACCUGCAACUGAUAUCUUAUACCCAUUCAUUCCAUUACAUUUGUUAUGUGUAACAAUUACAGUAUCCUACAUAAUAAUUGUUUAUCAUUAUAAAAAUGGUGAUGAUCAUUUACAUAUCUGUUGUUCAUUGUAUUGCUGUGUCCCAUUAUAUCCAUACAUUUCUCACUUAAGUGGACCUAAUGGUACUCUUGAUUCCUUUCCAGUGUAAUAUAAACUGUACAACAAUUACAUCCAAAGUAUGAAAGACAAAGUUCUCUAGAAAUAUAUUAUUUCCAUUCCAUCCAAAUAUAUUACUUCCAUCUUCACUGUUUACCUCUUUGACAACAUU